AUGGACGCCGACUUCGGCCAACAAAGCCAAGCGUUCACGCUCCUCCAUGACAAGAACAUGCUCGCUCCCGCGAGCGCCGCGUCGUGGUGCCCGACCAUGGACCUCCUCGCGCUCGCCACGAGCGACGGGCAGCUCGCGCUAAGCCGGCUGGACUGGAACAAGACCGGGGGCGAGCGCGAGAACCGGCUGUGGACCGCCAAUCCCGACUCGCCCGUGACCUCGCUCGGGUGGCGACCCGACGGUAAGAUCCUGGUGUCCGGCCACGCCGACGGCGCGGUCCAGCUGUACCACGCCGAGGACGGGGAGGUGCUGCACGCGUCGACGCCCCAUCGCGGAUCCGCGGUCACGUCGCUGCACUGGCAGGACGCGCCCGCGGAGGACUCCAGACGAUCGGCGUGCGCGUAUCAGAGCGCGACGUCGCGGUUCGCGCUGCCCACCAACGGCGGCGGUGGCGUCCACGACCGCCCGAGGCGAGACGGCGCCAAGGCGGACGCGGGUGCCGGCGCGGGUGCCGGCGCUUGGACGCAUCCGCCGGGCGCGGGAGCGAGGGCCCUGUUCGACCACUUCGACCCCCCGACGCGCCUCACCGUCCUCUGCAGCGGCGACGCGCGCGGCGACGUCGUCAUGAGCGCCUUCGGCAUCUUCCCCAUCGCGUCCGCCCGCGUCGGCGACUGCCCCGCGGACUUCCCCAUCGCAUCCGCUCGCACAGCUGGCGGCGGCACGGCUGGCGGCACAGCUGGGGAGGUGCUCCACGCGUCGCUCGCGCCGGACCUCUCACGAAUCCUCGUCGCGUUCCGGGCCAACGGCGGCGUCGACGCGGUGGGAGCGUCCGCGGCGACGCCGCUGUUGGCGCGUCGAUCGGUGGAGAUGUGCACCGCGGCGUCCCACGGCUCGCAGAUUGCCGCGCUGGCGGCGGAGCUGGAGCGCGAGGUGCACAGCUGUGCGGCGACGUGGCGCAAGGCGCGGGAGGAUUUUGACGCGCGAAUGAACGCCCUGAGGGAACGGGUGGGGGAGGGACGGAGUCAAGGAGGGCGUGGACGUGGACAAACGAGGACGAACGCGAACAAACGCGCGGACGAUUCCAUGGACAUGGACGAUUCGAUGGGAGACGACGUGGACACGACACGCGAUGGACACGAAAACGAAAACGCGGAUCCGAAUAAGGAGUUGGACGCGGGGACCCACCGUUUGACGAUCGAGGACCUGCUCCUCGCGUACCUCGCCACCGGCAGGGUCGACCCCGGGGUAGAGCAGUUCCUCGCGCACGAGUUUCAACCGCGGGACGUGCGCAGGCUGGCGCGGUCGGUCGACGCCGCGGCGACCAAGGUGCACGCGGCGCUGUCGGAAAGAAUCGCGCCCGCGGCGCAGUCGUGCGCGCUUAGAAUCGCGGAGCUCAGGGCGCUCGCGCGUUGGCGGGAGCGAUCGGGCGCGAUCGGACUGGACGAACACGCCGCGGACGUCGCGCUCGCGGCGGCGGAAUCGUGCGCGCUCGCGGCGUUCUCCGCCGCGAGGCUCGCCACCGCCGCCGCCGCGAGGCUCCGGGCGUUUUUCACGCUGCUGCUGCGGACGCAGAGGCAGGUGGCGUUCGGUUCGCCGGACGGAUUCGGCGCCGGUGACGACGCCGACGCGCCCCCGGCGCUCAACGCGGUGCUGGUGGAAGAGUUUCUCAGGGACGGGCUGACGCGGGAUACCCUCGGCGACCGCCUCGGAUCGAACCGGGCCGCGGGUUCGGACGCGGCUGUAUCUCGCCAGGUACCGCGCGGCGGACCAUCGGACACAGCUGUGAUCCUCGGCGGCGCCGCCGCCGCCUUCACGGCGGCGGUGCGCGCCGCCGCCGCCGCCGCCGGCUUCGGAGACGACGGGACUCGAUCCCCCGACCUCAAGUACGACGACGACGACGCGCUGUGGGCCGCGUGCGCUCGACUCAAGGGCUCGUGCGCCCAACUGCUCGAAGCCCCGCGCGACGCGAUGUCGAGAUCCCUCGUCUGGGAUCGCGCCUUUCCCAUCGUCCGGUCCGGGUCCGGGUCCGGGUCCGGGUCCGUCGAGCCCCCGUUUUUGCCUCGCGUGACCCACGGGGGAUGGUCAGACGACGGCGAGUCAGAGACGCUCGUGUUCCACGCGGGCGUCGGGUCAUCGCACGUCGGGAUGCUGCGCCUCCUCGGGGGUGUGCCCGAGAGCGCGCUCGCGCUGGAGGCGCCCCCCGGCCACGUCGUCGUCGACGCCGCGGCGUACACCGAGGGACGGUGCCUGGUGUUGCUGCAGCCCGAGGAGGGACGGGGCGGCGGGGCGGGCGACGGGGGCGAAGCCGCGAGCGUGGUCAUGGCGGACCCGCGCGCACUGGCGGCCCGGGGUGGUGUCACCGGACCUCGGGGUCUCGAGGGAGGUGUCGGGGGCGACGGCGGGUACGCGCUCGUGGACGCUGACGCGCUCGGCGCGGCGCCGGUCGUGUCGCCGGGUUGCGUGCCCGCGCGCGGGGUGCUGAGGAUGCCGGCGGGCGGCGGGGGCGGGGGCGCGAGGCGCAGGUCGCUGCCGGGGACGGUGGCGACGGCGCCGCUGGCGGUGGGGCGCCAGAAGGGCCUCGCGGCUGUGCUCGUGGGUCAGAAGAGGAUCGUGCUGCUGGACCUCGAGGAGGACGAGUGCGACGAGGACGAGUGA